AUGAUUGCUGUCAACAGACCUUGCCAGAAGUGCAAGCCUAGAAACACCUUCCUGCACGACUCUCUCCAGAAUGUGAUUGAUGUCUGUAAACAGGACACCACGGGCUGCAGCUAUGGCCACCGAAGUGUCCGUCCUGUGAGAAUGACUGACUGCCAGCUCGUUGGAAAUAGCCAGUUUCCUAACUGCCACUACACUGAUACUCACAUCACCAAAAACUUCAUUGUGACCUGUGACCCGCCGUAUUGGGAUGACCCUCAAGAUCCCCUGGUUCCUGUGCACUUGGAUAAAAUUAUCUAA